CGAACAUCAUGUCCCAGAAUGCCUCACGCCACAUGCGCCGGAUACGGCGUCACCGAAGAGCCGAAUUGAAGGAUGCUGUCAGCACGUUGAUACAGAGUCAGUGAUAAAGCCAUGGAUAACCGCUUUGCAACAGCUUUGGUGAUCGGCACCGUGUUGUCUCUUCUGUCUGUGAUCUAUCUCUCAACAGCAGUGGGGACAGUGUCAUGGUAUCACUACAUUACACCGACGGUCCUUUUAAACUUAAGUGAGGGUGCAGCUACUGAGUUCAGUAGUGAUGGUGAAAAAAUAGAUGAGAAAACAUAUACUGAUGCUCUGUUUCACUGCAAUGGCAGUCUUGGCCUUUGGCAAAUAUGCAUCAAUACCCAGCACACUUCAGACCAGCAAUAUGAAGGAUCUAAGUCACACUGUAUUGUUCUGUCAUUUUCUGAUCAAUUUUUGGAGAAAUACAAAGAACCAGGAAACCACAACACUGAUAUCGACAUAGUGCGAACGUACCUGUGGCGCUGUCAGUUUUUGCUUCCAUUGGUGGCACUUGGACUUAUAUUUUUUGGUGCCAUUGUUGGAUUUGCUGGCUGUGUGUGUCGAAGUCUGUACCCAGCCCUUGGCACAGGGACUCUUCACUUACUGGCUGGUGUGUGCACACUGGGCUCGGUUCUUUGUUUCUCCCAAGGGGUUCGGAUGCUGCAGGAAAAAAUGCCCCUUCCAUCAGGGAUACGGGGAGAGUACGGCUGGUCUUUCUGUUUGGCUUGUGUCUCCUCACCCCUGCAGAUCAUGGCUGGAGCACUUUUCUUGUGGGCAUCUCGAGCUAGCCGUCGAGAAUACUCUUUAAUGAAAGCUUACCGUGUGGCAUGAGUGGAAAGAUACAUGGAAUCUUGGUAGUGGGAGACUUGCAAACAUUUUGCUGUAUAUGUGGGUUUUGAAAUACACAUAGGUGGCAGAUAUUUUGGCAUGUCAGCGAUAUUUAUAUGUUUUGAAUACAGCAGAAACUUCCUAAGGUACAGAAGCUAUUUAUUAAUGAUUUAGAUCAGUGCUGUCCAACGUCUUUGUUGUAGAGUUUGGAUUUCUUUUGGUUUACAUUUACUCAUUACAAAUAUUCACUGUUUUCAAGGCCCUGCCCUGGUCUGAUUUCCUUAACUUCAGUGGUGGCUGGUGACAUUUUAAAUUGGAGGGGCGCCAGACUAACUAGACAUAUGCAUUUGACUCUGCUUCUACUUUUUUU